AUGAAUACCAGAGAAAGUGAGCCGAUCGCUAUUGUCGGAAGCGGGUGUCGCUUCCCUGGAGGAUCUUCCUCCCCAGCCCGUCUAUGGGAACUUCUCAGCCAACCCCAAGAUGUGUCGAGCAAUGUUCCCGAGGAUAGGUUUAACUGGCAAAGCUUUUACCAUCCUAAUGGUUCUCAUCAUGGAACGACAAAGACAAGACGAGGGUACUUUCUAGAAGAAGGGAUCCGCGAUUUUGAUACCAAGUUCUUCAACAUUCCUCCAUCGGAAGCGGAUACCAUCGACCCCCAGCAGCGCUUGUUACUUGAGAUUAUUUAUGAAGCGAUCGAGUCCGCUGGUAUGACUCUGCAGGGAAUGCAAGGCACGAAGACAGGUGUUUAUUUAGGCAUGAUGGGCUGUGAAUAUGAAUGGUGUUUGCUCGAGGACUUGGAGACUAUACCCACGUAUAUGGGGACGGGAGUCGAGCGUAGCAUGCAUGCGAAUCGAGUUUCACAUUUCUUUGAUUGGCAUGGACCAUCGAUGAGUGUUGAUACUGCGUGCUCUUCUAGCAUGAUGGCCGUUUAUUUGGCAGUGCAGGCUUUGCGGAAUGGGGAUGCAUCGGUGGCAAUUGCGGCUGGGGCCUCUUUGAUGAUUCGGCCUGAAAACUUUAUAGCCCUCAGUAACAUGAACAUGGUGGCCCCAGAUGGUCGAUCGAAGAUGUGGGAUGCAGAAGCUGAUGGCUAUGCACGUGGUGAGGGUGUGGGUGUUGUCGUCCUCAAGCCACUCAGUGCUGCGUUGGAAGAUGGAGAUCACAUAGAAUGUGUCAUUCGCGAUAUAUGUGUCAAUCAGGAUGGCCACACACAGGGAAUCACUGUCCCAAAUGGUAUUGCUCAGGCGAAUCUUAUCCGCCAGACAUAUCAACGUGCUGGCCUUGAUCUUAACUGUGCACUCGACCGUCCACAGUACUUUGAGGCUCAUGGCACUGGUACUCCAGCUGGGGAUUUUCAGGAAGCACAAGCAAUUUCCAGAGCAUUCUUUGAAGCCGAGGACGCUACUUCAAAUGAGAUUCCACUAUACGUUGGCUCAAUUAAGACAGUCAUUGGUCACACCGAAGGUGCAGCAGGGAUUGCCAGCAUUCUGAAAGCGUCCUUGGCACUUCAACACGGAAGUAUCCCUCCAAAUCAGCAUUUCAAAUCUCUUAGUUCUUCUGUCGCUCCAUUUACAAAAAAUCUAAAAAUUCCCAUAGCUCUUCUCCCUUGGCCUAAAAGUGCAAAUGGCGUUCGCAAAAGAGCGAGUGUCAACAGCUUCGGAUUUGGAGGUUCAAAUGCUCAUGUUAUUUUGGAGGCUUUCGAUGGCGUGUCGCACAAUCUCGAUCAUGAAAGCGUUCUCCCUAUUUCUCUAUCUACUUUCAAUUUCUCGGCCCCAUCUGAGCAGAGCCUCAAAUCCAUUUUGAGUCGCAUGGUAGAGUAUCUUCGAGAGUUUCCGGAGACCAACAUGCGCGAUCUCGCCUACACGCUACAAGUCCGACGAUCGUUUUUCCCCUUCCGCAAAACAUUUUGGGCUCCCACUUGCAGCCAACUGAGUCAGAAAAUCUAUGAAGAGUUGAAGAGUUCCGAAGCGAACAAUAACUCCGCGAUCGGACUUCGUGCACUCCCUGAGUCCGGGAAGAAAGUACUUGCUGUUUUCACCGGACAAGGAGCACAAUGGAUGGGUAUGGGCAAAGAGCUUAUCGUGAACCUGCCCUAUGCUGGAGGAAUCCUGGAUCAACUACAAGAAAGCUUAGACACUUUGCCCGAUGGGGAUAAACCAUCAUGGUCUCUACGUGACCAGCUACUUGCCGAGCCUGAGACGUCUGGCAUGAAAGAGCCCGCAAUCUCUCAGCCGCUAAUUACAUCACUUCAAAUUAUACUGGCUUGCUUGCUUCGACAAGCUGGUAUUGAAUUCACCGCGGUAGUCGGUCAUUCCUCUGGAGAAAUUGUGGCAGCCUAUGCUGCAGGUUUCAUUACCGCAGCGGACGCUAUCCGCAAUUCCUACUACAGAGGUCUAUUUGCCAAACUCGCCGGAGGUCCCAAUGGAGAAAAAGGAGGAAUGCUGGCUGCUGGAAUUUCUUUCGAUGAGGCUAAAGAGCUGUGCAGUCAUCCCGAUUAUAUGGGCCGGGUUAUGGUUGCAGCUAGUAACUCGCCUGUGAGUGUGACUCUUUCUGGAGAUGUCGAUGCGAUCGCACAAUUGAAGUGUCAUUUGGAUGAAACCUCAAAGUUUUGUCGUCCACUUCGUGUCGAAGCAGGUUUUCAUUCUCAUCAUAUGCUACCUAUCGCGCCAGCCUAUGUUCGGGCCCUCGAAAGCUGUGGAGUCGAAGCAAUAACGCCCAAAGGCCGCUACCCUCUUUGGUGGUCAAGCGUUCAUCCCAGUCUCAUGUCUGUGCAAAAGACGAAUGACCUGAGUAUUAAAUACUGGAAAGAUAAUAUGAUGCAGUCGGUUCUGUUCAACCAAGCUGUUGAAAAUGCAGUGGCAUCUGCAGGUCCCUUCGAUAUCGCCAUUGAGAUUGGGCCACAUCCAGCUCUCCGAGGACCAUUCCUUCAAACUCUCAACGCCUUAUCGGAAAAAGAGAUCCCAUAUUUGGGAUGUCUUAGUCGAGGAAAGGAUGGCUUGGAAGCAUUUUCGGAGACUCUUGGGUCCCUCUGGUCUCAUUUGGGUCCAUCAGCAGUCGACUUUGACGCCUAUGAGCGCAAGGUGGCCCCUAGAAAUGCCAAUCGAGCCUUCCUUAGUGGCCUGCCAUCCUACCCAUGGACCUAUGAUCGUCCAUAUUGGUUUCAAUCGAGGGUUUCCCGUGAUAAAUGCCAUCGAACAGGUGUAGUUCACUCAUUGCUUGGGGUCGAUGCAGGAGAUAAAUCCGAGACUCAAGUCAAGUGGCGAAACUUUCUCCGGUUCAAAGAGAUUCCUUGGCUCGAGCAUCACCAAAUUCAUGGUCAGCCAAUUUUUCCCACCGCGGCUUAUAUGUGUAUGGCCUGGGAGGCAGCUCUCAAAAUCUCCAAUGGGUGCCCCAUUCAACUUUUUGAGCUGCAUAACGUGAAGAUCGGGCACGGGAUUCUUUUGGAUGAUACCUCGGCUGGUGUUGAAGUGAUUUUUGCCCUCAGUGACAUCAAAGAAUCUCCUUCGACUCCUGAUACCAUGUGUGCUCAGUUCUCCUGUCACUCAUGUGCCAGUAGACAGAAUGAUAUGUUGGUCCUCAAUGCCGAAGGGGAGAUAACAGUGACAUAUGGCAUGCCUUCAGCCUCUGAGCUCCCCGCAAUCAAUGCGCAUGUGUCCAAUCUCGUCGCUACAGACACCGAAGCUUUCUAUUCUGCAUUGAGUCGAGUGGGGUAUGGCUAUUCGGGAGAUUUCAAGAGCAUGGUCUCACUAAAGAGGAAACGAAACCGCUCGCGUGGUGUUAUGCGGAGAGUACCCACAGGUGAUCUACUCAUUCAUCCCGCUACCUUGGACACUGCCUUCCAAGCAGUAUUGGCUGCAAUAAGCCACCCAGGUGACGGGGCACUCUGGUCAGUAUAUACGCCAGUCUCAGUGCGACACGUAACAUUCAAUCCAUAUUUUGCUGUGACCGGAGGCGAUUGCGAUGGCGAUGAUGAUGACAAUUGGGCUUUUGAUAGCACUCUUAUGAGCGCUGGCACUGUGCACAGUGAAGGUACCGUGCAAGUAUAUCCGCAAGGAUCCUCUAAUGCUGCUUAUCAGUUGGAAGGUAUCACUGCGAAGCCAUCCCGUCCAAAAACCGAAGCAGACGACCGAAAGCUUUUUUCGAAGAUGGUCUUCACGCCACUUUCUCUUGAUGCUGAUCUUAUUUCAGAGAUGAUGCACCGGCUCUCUUAUCGCUUUCCACGAAUGGACAUUUUGGAGAUUGGCUCUAACACUGGUGCCAUCACUGAGAACAUUCUUCAAACUAAAGACGUGCCAUUUGCAUCUUUAAUCUGCACGGAUCCCUCUCGAACAUUGCUAAACUCAGCCCAGAAAACUCGACUGGAGGUUUCAUGCAAAAUUGAGUACCAUGCAUUGGAUCUUGAGACAGAGUUUGGGGCCCAGGGCUUCCAAGAGCAUAGUCUUGAUCUCAUUAUUGUAUCCAAUGUCCUCUAUACUACAGAUUCUAUUGAAGCGACACUCAGCAGGUUUCGAAGCCUUCUGCGACCUGGUGGUCACCUCAUACUGUCAGAGAUGGCCAAUAGUUCGCCCAUUGGAGAUGGCUUUCUGAUGGAUGCAUUUUCUGGGCUGGGUGCUGGGUGCAAAGAUACACAAUUAAGUCCAACAAUCAAUCCAGUACAGUUGGAUGAGCUCCUGCGCAAGUCAAACUUCUCUGGGGUGGAUUUCAUCACUCCCACAAAUGAUCCCUUGGUCCCGUCAAUCAUGGUUUCUCAAGCAGUCGAUUCCCGUGUCGAGUUUUUACGAGAGCCAGUUUUCUGCUCCGAUCCAUAUUUAGGCCCUGCGGAUAACCUAGGGGAGCUGCUGAUUGUGGGUGGCCAAAGCCUGUACUCUUCGAAGCUCGCUCAACGACUCUCCAUGACUCUUUUGGCAAAGUUCCGACACAUAUCAACAGUAUGCAGUCUCCAUGCUGUUGCUCAAUUAUCAAGGCCAAUCCCGCCAAAUAUUGUGUUCCUCGGCGACUUGGAUCAACCGACCUUCAAGUCUAUCACCGAAACUGAGCUCAACGGUCUUAAAAUGAUGACAAGUGCCGCGCGCAACAUACUCUGGUUGACAUUUGGCAGUCAAGGAAGCGAGCCGUACAACAAAAUAAGCAUUGGAUUUGGCCGGUCUCUGAUGCAUGAGAUACCUGACACGCAUCUACAAUUUCUCGACUUUGACGAACUACAAUCCAUCGAUGCUCUGUAUGUUGCGCAGCGGUUGUUGAUAUUGUGCACGGUUAGGAAUUGGGCUGAGACAGGACAGCUCAAGGGUUUAGUCUGGAAGUCUGAGCCAGAGAUUUACCUGCAGGGUGGCAAAGAAUAUAUUCCCCGUGUGGUGCAUGACAGUUCUCGCAACGCCCGCUAUAAUACUCGACAACGCACUGUCACUCACACAGUCGACUCUUCAGUAACGCCUGUUCACUUAGAAUUCCGUGAUGCAUCUUACAUUCUCAGUGAAAAAAGGCAAAUUCCUUUGGCUUCCCAGACGUUGAUAACAAUUGAAGUCUUGAUGUCAACUUUGUCGCCAGUGAAGUUGCACUCGGUCGGCUCAGCUUAUAUCGCCUAUGGUCUCAUAAAAGGAACUUCAGAGGCAGUCAUUGUUCCCACUCAGGAAAAUGUUUCGAUCUUACAUGUUCCUCGGCGAGAUUUGAUCCACGCUGGUACCCAAACACCCAUUGGAGAUCAUCUUUUAGAGACAGUCGUCUGGGAGAUAAUUGCCCUCCAGCUCCUGGAUGAAUUAUCCGACUCGGGGACCAUUCUCAUAUAUCAACCUCCACAGGCUUUGCUCUCCAUACUUAAACGCAUAUUAUCAUGGACAACGAUAGAGGUCAUUGAGAUUGCACAUACACCUUCUUCAUCUCCCGUGAUAAAACAAGUCAUAAUACCUCCUAGGAUGAUGGCAUAUCACAUCAAAGAGCUUCUCCCGACCCAACUCUUGCUUUUCGCAGACUUCUCUGCCAAUGGAUGUUCCGAUGACUUUUCAUCCCGUGUCCGGGCCCUUUUGCCCCAUGGAUGCAAGAAGAUUCGCUCAACUGACUUUUUGGCAACUGAACAACCUAGUCUAAGUAUGAUACGGGAAUCCCCAGAAAACUGUUCAAAGCAGAUUCCAGAGUCUACAGCUCAAUUUAUCGUUGACUGGGCAGCAAAUCCCGAUGUCGUGAUUCAAAUCCAGCCCGCAACUGAUCAUGUCACUUUUCAUGGCCAUAAAACCUACUUGCUCGUUGGUCUGACUGGUGACCUUGGCCAGUCACUUUGUGAGUGGAUGAUUUCUCGUGGGGCUCGCAUCAUUGUGCUGGUGAGCCGACACCCCCAGGUAGAGCAGAGCUGGUUGGAUGCACAGCAGAGGAAGGGCGCAUCCGUCCAUGUCUAUUCCACCGAUAUUACAGACAAGCAACAAGUUUAUGAUUUAUACGACAAAAUUAUGAAGAACCACCCACCUGUAGCUGGCGUGGCGAAUGCCGCUAUGGUUCUGCAAGACUCGUUGUUCACUAACACGAGUAUUGACAUGCUGAAUAAAGUACUUUCUCCCAAAGUUGACGGGAGCAGGUAUCUAGAUGAGCUUUUCUCCGAUCCAGGCCUUGACUUCUUUAUCCUCUUUUCUUCCUUUGGCCUCGUCACGGGUAACGGCGGUCAGACCAGUUACAAUGCAGCGAAUGCAUACCUCAGUGCUCUUGCUGCACAAAGGCGAAGUCGGGGUCUCUCUGCAUCUGUCAUGGACCUGGGUCCGGUUCUUGGACUUGGUUAUAUCACCCGUUCGCAUCUAUUUUCCGGUGACCACAUCGAUGGCAUUGGAGCGUAUCCGAUCUCUGAAUCUGAUUUCCUUGAGCAUUUUGCGGAGGCUGUAAUUGCGAGUCCCAUUGGGAAAGACAGUUAUGAGAUCAUCUCAGGACUAAGAGGGGUUGAUCCUUCGAUUGAUCCGCAGGUUACUUGGAUUCAUAAUCCUCGGAUGUCACACCUACUGGUAAACAGUGGGAAGGCUGGUGUCGAACACGAUGAGAAAAUUUCGGUGUCGGUCAAGGAGCGGCUUCUAGAUGCAACAGGUCUCGAACAGGUACAAGGAAUAAUUUUGGAUGCAUUCACAACGAGAUUGUCUGUUCUGCUCCAGCUCUCUAUGGAUAGCAUAGACAUAGACACGCCGUUGGUCGAUAUAGGAGUUGAUUCUCUUGUCGCCCUCGACAUCCGCUCUUGGUUUCUCAAAAGCAUCGACGUGGAGAUUGCAAUAAUAAACAUUCUCAGCGGAUCGACAAUCUCGGAAAUUGCCAAUCAUGCAGCCCAGAAUUUGCCAACUCGAGUCCAGGUUAAGCCUCUUGCACAAACAUUUACGUCUGUACACAGUGAAAAUGAGAGCUCUGGAGUCUCCGAUAGUUUGUCACACGCCUCUUUGUCCACAGAGCAUAUCACACCAAGCGAUGACAAGGUCAUUCUCACACCUCCUCUCGGUUCCAGUCUAGCUGAAGGUGGAUUCUCGCCGGAUUACUUUGAUCAUAAGAGUCCAAGACUGUUGGAUGCACCAGUUGAAGGCAAUUUUGACGGCAAUUCGCCCUGGUCCUCAUGA